AAAAAUCGUUUGAAAAAGUUAAUAGAUCUCAUUUUCACCGAAAUCUUUUUUUGCAUUAAACUUGUGAGAAAAAACCAAUUGAAACAAAAUGCCAUCAAAACCGAAUCAAGCUUUUGUUUUGCAUCGGGCAAAUCAAGCGAAAUUGGAACCAUACGAAAUGCCCGGUGAUCCUGGACCCAAUGAAGUUUUAUGUCGUACAUUAGCAGUCGGUAUUUGUGGUUCUGAUAUUCAUUAUUUUAACGAAGGAAAAUGUGGAAAUUUUAUCGUGAAAGAACCAAUGGUACUUGGCCAUGAAACUGUAGCCGAAAUUGUUCGAUGUGGUGAAAAUGUUUCACAUUUAAAACCUGGUGAUAGAGUUGCUAUUGAACCAACAAUUCCAUGUGGUGAAUGUAAUUUCUGUUUAAAUGAUGAUCAAUAUAAUCUUUGUCCAAAUAUUACUUGUCAUUCGACACCACCAGUUCAUGGUACAUUACAACAUUAUUUUAUACAUUCAGCUAAAUAUUGUUUCAAAGUUCCAUCCAAAUUAUCGAAUGAUGAAUGUGCAAUGAUGGAACCAUUAGCUGUUGCUGUACAUGCAUGUCGACGUGUUAAUAUAACGAAAAAAUCAAAUAUUCUAAUUACAGGUGCUGGACCAAUUGGUUUGUUAGUAUUACAGGUAGUAAAAGCUUUUGGUGCACAACGUGUAGUGAUUACCGAUAUCAAUGAAAAACGUUUAGAAUUGGCUAAAGAAUUAGGUGCCGAUGAAACAGUACUGAUUAAACGUACAAAUACUGAACAGGAAAAUAUACAAAUCAUAAGCAAUUGUUUCAAUAAAAUUGGUUCGGAUAUUGCAUUCGAAUGUUCGGGUGUUGGUGUAAAUUUUCGUUUAAUUAUAUUUGCAUCAAAACCAGGUGGUACAUGUAUGUUUGUUGGUAUGGGUCCUGAAGAAUUACAAUUACCUAUUGCAUCGGCUGCAUUUCGUGAACUAAAAAUCUUUGGUUCAUUACGUUAUAAAGGAAGUUUUCCAAUCGCAAUAGAUUUAGUUGCAAAUGGACAGGUAAAUCUUAAAAAAAUGGUAACACAUCAUUUUGAUUUUGAUGAAACAAUGAAAGCAUUUGAAACAGCCAUAUCCGGUAAUGGAAUGAAAAUUAUUAUCAAUGUUGAUCGUCAUUAAACUUGAAGAAAAUCUCAACAAAAUAACCAUUUCAUAUCUGCCAUCUAAUGAACAGAGAAAUAAUCAACAAAAUCCAAACAUUCGAUUUUUAAAACAUUCGAUUUUUUUUA